AUGCCAGAAAGGCUACUAUGGCCCAGAAAAGGCCUGCUAGUGGCCCACAGAAAAGGCCUGAUAGUGGCAAAAAGCUGACAGUGCCCAGAAGCCUACUAGUGGCCCAUCUAUAGGCCCAAGUGCCUUAUAGUCCUAAGAAAACAUACUAUGCACCAGGAAGGCUAUAUUCAAAAAGGCUGACUAUCCAAAGCCGGACUUUUUCUCCGAUUAAAAGGUGGCUGCACCAGAAAAAGCCCCAGAGGCCUGACUAGUGCCCAGAAAAGGCCUGACUAGUAGCCCAGAAAAGGCCUGACUAGUGGCCCAGGAAAGGCCUGACUAGUAGCCCAGGAAAGGCCUGACUAGUAGCCCAGAAAAGGCCUGACUAGGAGCCCAGAAAGGCCUGACUAGGAGCCCAGGAAAGGCCUGACUAGUAGCCCAGGAAAGGCCUGAGUUUAAAUCAAAUCUUACAUGCUUCAUAAACAACAGGUGUAGACUAACAGUGAAAUGCUUCCUUAUGGCCCUUCCAACAAUGCAGACGGAAAUAAAAUGGAGAAACAAUAGAAAAGUAAAAGAUGUAAUACAUGAUAAAUACACAAUGUGUAGCGAUAACUUGGCUAUAAACAUAGUACAUAGUAUACACAGGGUACCGAGUCAAUGUGCAGGGGUACGAGGUAAUUGAGGUAGAUAUGUACAGCACCAGUCAAAAGUUUGGACACACCUACUCAUUCAAGGGUUUUUCUUUAUUUUUACUAUUUUCUACAUUGUAGAAUAAUAGUGAAGACAUCAAAACUAUGAAAUAACACAUAUGGAAACAUGUAGUAACCAGAAAAGUGUUAAACAAAUCAAAAUAUAUUUUAAAUUUGAGAUUCUUCAAAUUGCCACGCUUUGCCUUGAUGACAACUUUGCACACUCUUGGCAUUCUCUCAACCAGCUUCAUGAGGAAUGCUUUUCCAACAGUCUUGAAGGAGUUCCCACAUAUGCUGAGCACUUGUUGGCUGCUUUUCCUUCACUCUGCGGUCCAACUCAUCCCAAACCAUCUCAAUUGGGUUGAGGUCGGGUGAUUGUGGAGGCCAGGUCAUCUGAUGCAGCACUCCAUCACUCUUCUUCUUGGUCGAAUAGCCCUUACACAGCCUGGAGGUGUGUUGGGUCAUUGUCCUGUUGAAAAACAAGUGAUAGUCCCACUAAGCGCAAACCAGAUGGGAUGGCGUAUCGCUACAGAAUGCUGUGGUAGCCAUGCUGGUUAAAUGUGCCUUGAGUUCUAAAUAAAUCACAGACAGUGUCACCAGCAAAGCACCAUCACACCUCCUCCUCCAUGCUUCACGGUGGGAACUACAUAUGCGGAGAUCAUCCGUUCACCUACUCUGCGUCUCACAAAGACAUGGCGGUUGGAACCAAAAAUAUCAAAUUUGGACUCAUCAGCCCAAAGGACAGAUUUCCACCGGUCUAAUGUCCAUUGUUUGUGUUUUCUUGGCCCAAGCAGGUCUCUUCUUCUUAUUGGUGUCCUUUAGCAGUGGUUUCUUUGCAGCAAAUCGACCAUGAAGGCCUGAUUCACGCAGUCUCCUCUGAACCGUUGAUGUUGAGAUGUCUAUUACUUGACCCCUGUGAAGCAUUUAUUUGGGCUGCAAUUUCUGAUGCUGGUAACUCUAAUGAACUUAUCCUCUGCAGCAGAGGUAACUCUGGGUCUUCCUUUCCUGUGGCCGUCCUCAUGAGAGCCAGUUUCAUCAUAGCACUUGAUGGUUUUUGCGACUGCACUUGAAGAAUUUUUCCGUAUUGACUGACCUUCAUGUCUUAAAGUAAUGAUGGACUGUCGUUUCUCUUUGCUUAUAUGAGCUGUUCUUGCCAUAAUAUGGACUUGGUCUUUUACCAAAUAGGGCUAUCCUCUGUAUACCACCCCAUACCUUGUCACAACACAACUGAUUGACUCAAACGCAUUAAGAAGGAAAGAAAUUCCACAAAUUGACGUUUAACAAGGCACACCUGUUAAUUGAAAUGCAUUCCAGGUGACCACCUCAUGAAGCUGGUUGAGAGAAUGCCAAGAGUGUGCAAAUCUGUCAAGGCAAAGGGUGGCUACUUUGAAAAGCCUCUAGUUGCACACAUGACAUGCUGGUAGAAUUUAGGUAAGACUGAUUUAAGUUUUCCUGCAUUAAAAUCACUGGCCACUAGGAGCGCCGCCUCUGGGUGAGCAUUUAAUUUUUUGCUUAUGGCCCUGUACAGCUCGUUGAGUUCGGUCUUAGUGCCAGCAUCGGUUUGUGGUGGUAAAUAGACGGCUACGAAAAAUAUAGUUGAAAACUCGCUUGGCAAAUGGUGUAUAGCUUAUCAUGAGGUACUCGAACUCGGUCAACCUUCGAGAAUCCCUAAUAUUAGAGGUUGUGCAUCUCAAAAGACAGCUCCUCCCUUGAGCUUACCCACCGCUGCCGGUCUGUCCUGCCGACGCAUCGGAAAACCAGGUAGAUCUACAUUAUCCUUGGUCAGCCACGACUCUGUGAAACGUAGGAUAUUAUAGUUCUUCAGGUCCCAUUUGAUAGGAUAGUCUGGAAAGGAGCUUGUCCUGUUCGUUUCUCCAGUGAUUGUACAUUCACCAAACGAACGGAGGGUAGAGGCGAUUUUAUGUACUCGCCGACGUCGUUUUGUCAGGGUGCCCGCACGUCGGUCUCUCUUAAGUCUUCUUUUUCGUGUCUCGGGGAUUAGGGCCUGGUCCGGGUUGAGUUUUCCCUGAUCAUCACUUUGCAUGUUUGCCUCUGAAGAUAACACACAUUUUGAUAGUGAAAUUCAACAUUUAAUAAACUUUUUGUGUUUCAGCAAAAGCGAAAGCUUCGUAUCUUCAUAUCCAACACUUUCAACCCUGCCAAGCCCGACGCAGAAGAUGGGGAGGGUACUGUUGCAUCAUGGGAGCUGCGUGUCGAAGGGCGCCUGCUUGAAGAUGUAAGACUAAUUAUUAGUUGUAUGUUUGUGUGUUGAAGGUUAGUGUCUGUGUGUUUUUAUAAUUUGGUGAAAUGUAUCUGAUAAUUGUUUUCUUUCUCAGACUGCUGUGUCCAAGUAUGAAGCCACCAAGCAGAAGAGAAAGUUCUCUUCCUUCUUCAAGUCUCUGGUCAUCGAGUUGGACAAGGACCUAUAUGGGCCUGACAAUCACCUGGUCGAGGUAAAAAGAUGCGGAUUAAUGUUCAGUUAUAAAAAUGUAUGAUUUUAGAUUUAUUUUCAUUUAAAUAGCGCUCAAUAUUAGCUAAUUGCCUCCGCCACUCUUCUUAACCACUUUCUCUGUUGUCGUCUUUGUAAUGGAUAUUCUGUUCUAAAGAAACAAAAAGGACAAAUAAAGUUAUUUUAUAUUGUGUAGUGGCACAGGACUGCGACCACUCAGGAGACGGAUGGGUUCCAGGUGAAGAGACCAGGUGAUGUGGGGGUACGCUGCACUGUUCUGUUGAUGCUGGACUACCAGGUAAAAACAUACACUAUUACACCGAGGACGUUUUCAUGCACAGUAAUAAUUCAAUAUUAAACGGAUUAUAGCAGUAGGCAGAUGAUGCAAUAGUCAUGUACACGACUUACUCUGCUUAUCUUAAUCGGCGUAAGGUCAAAAUCGAAGUUAAACACCUGGUUUUCUGAGCAAUCUUUCAAGUUAUUAGGACAUGUAAACACCUUAAGCGGAGUUCCAGCGGUGUGUUUGAUCUGUGCAUAUGCUAGCACCAGCCGAGAGCCUCCCCCCUUUAGCCUGGGUGAAUUGAGUUCGGAACAAAUUAAAGUAUGCAUCUUAGAAGUCGUUUUCACAUACAAACUUUGUCUGAACUCCGAAUCAAAUAUGCUACCCAAAAAUAACAUGGUCGCUGUGGUAGAACGUCUAUUUUGAUUGACUACAGUGGGGGGGAAAAGUAUUUAGUCAGCCACCAAUUGUGCAAGUUCUCCCACUUAAAAAGAUGAGAGAGGCCUGUAAUUUUCAUAAUAGGUACACGUCAACUAUGACAGACAAAUUGAGAAAAAAAAAUCCAGAAAAUCACAUUGUAGGAUUUUUAAUGAAUUAUUUGCAAAUUAUGGUGGAAAAUAAGUAUUUGGUCAAUAACAAAAGUUUCUCAAUACUUUGUUAUAUACCCUUUGUUGGCAAUGACACAGGUCAAACGUUUUCUGUAAGUCUUCACAAGGUUUUCACACACUGUUGCUGGUAUUUUGGCCCAUUCCUCCAUGCAGAUCUCCUCUAGAGCAGUGAUGUUUUGGGGCUGUCGCUGGGCAACACGGACUUUCAACUCCCUCCAAAGAUUUAUGGGGUUGAGAUCUGGAGACUGGCUAGGCCACUCCAGGACCUUGAAACGCUUCUUACGAAGCCACUCCUUCGUUGCCCGGGCGGUGUGUUUGGGAUCAUUGUCAUGCUGAAAGACCCAGCCACGUUUCAUCUUCAAUGCCCUUGCUGAUGGAAGGAGGUUUUCACUCAAAAUCUCACGAUACAUGGCCCCAUUCAUUCUUUCCUUUACACGGAUCAGUCGUCCUGGUCCCUUUGCAGAAAAACAGCCCCAAAGCAUGAUGUUUCCACCCCCAUGCUUCACAGUAGGUAUGGUGUUCUUUGGAUGCAACUCAGCAUUCUUUGUCCUCCAAACACGACGUGUUGAGUUUUUACCAAAAAGUUCUAUUUUGGUUUCAUCUGACCAUAUGACAUUCCCCAAUCCUCUUCUGGAUCAUCCAAAUGCACUCUAGCAAACUUCAGACGGGCCUGGACAUGUACUGGCUUAAGCAGGGGGACAUGUCUGGCACUGCAGGAUUUGAGUCCCUGUCGGCGUAGUGUGUUACUGAUGGUAGGCUUUGUUACUUUGGUCCCAGCUCUCUGCAGGUCAUUCACUAGGUCCCACCGUGUGGUUCUGGGAUUUUUUCUCACCGUUCUUGUGAUCAUUUUUACCCCACGGGGUGAGAUCUUGCGUGGAGCCCCAGAUCGAGGGAGAUUAUCAGUGGUCUUGUAUGUCUUCCAUUUCCUAAUAAUUGCUCCCACAGUUGAUUUCUUCAAACCAAGCUGCUUACCUAUUGCAUAUUCAGUCUUCCCAGCCUGGUGCAGGUCUACAAUUUUGUUUCUGGUGUCCUUUGACAGCUCUUUGGUCUUGGCCAUAGUGGAGUUUGGAGUGUGACUGUUUGAGGUUGUGGACAGGUGUCUUAUAUCAAUUUUCAAUCAAUUUUAUUUUAUAUAGCCCUUCUUACAUCAGCUAAUAUCUCGAAGUGCUGUACAGAAACCCAGCCUAAAACCCCAAACAGCUAGUAAUGCAGGUGUAGAAGCAAACCUAUAUAUACUGAUAAGACGUUCAAACAGGUGCCAUUAAUACAGGUAACGAGUGGAGGACAGAGGAGCCUCUUAAAGAAGUUGUUACAGGUCUGUGAGAGCCAGAAAUCUUGCUUGUUUGUAGGUGACCAAAUACUUAUUUUCCACCAUAAUUUGCAAAUAAAUUCAUUAAAAAUCCUACAAUGUGAUUUUUCUGGAUUUUUUUUCUCAAUUUGUCUGUCAUAGUAGACGUGUACCUAUGAUGAAAAUUACAGGCCUCUCAUCUUUUUGUGGGAGAACUUGCACAAUUGGUGGCUGACUAAAUACUUUUUUCCCCCACUGUAUUUUCUGCAUUUAUCAGAGUGCUAUCAGGUCGCCUGAUUUCAGAUGUGUCCAUGGAAACAGGAUUAUUAGGGACAUCGUUCUUCUUGCAAAGCAUGUAAACGUUUUAAUCUAAAUAUUAUAUUAGUCUGACUAUCCACAAUAAUCACAUUAUUGUGUCCAUGUCACCGUACUCACUGUCCUGCUCAUGCUGGACUACCAGGUAAAAACACAUCCUAUUGUUACUGUCCUGCUCAUGCUGGACUACCAGGUAAAAACACAUCCUAUUGUUACUGUCCUGCUCAUGCUGGACUACCAGGUAAAAACACAUCCUAUUGUUACUGUCCUGCUCAUGCUGGACUACCGGGUAAAAACACAUCCUAUUGUUACUGUCCUGCUCAUGCUGGACUACCAGGUAAAAACACAUCCUAUUGUUACUGUCCUGCUCAUGCUGGACUACCAGGUAAAAACACAUCCUAUUGUUACUGUCCUGCUCAUGCUGGACUACCAGGUAAAAACACAUCCUAUUGUUACUGUCCUGCUCAUGCUGGACUACCAGGUAAAAACACAUCCUAUUGUUACUGUCCUGCUCAUGCUGGACUACCGGGUAAAAACACAUCCUAUUGUUACUGUCCUGCUCAUGCUGGACUACCAGGUAAAAACACAUCCUAUUGUUACUGUCCUGCUCAUGCUGGACUACCAGGUAAAAACACAUCCUAUUGUUACUGUCCUGCUCAUGCUGGACUACCAGGUAAAAACAUAGAAAGUCACAACCUGUCUGGGCCCUAAAAAGGGACCUCUCACAUACUUCCUCUAGGUGUCACUAAAGUUUUAAAGACCAUAUCGAAGUGCUUGCUUCUCAGAAUGUGAACAAAGGCGAACAGAUUUUUAAUACGAUUUAAUGUUGCUAAAAACGCUCUCAGUUCCACUUUAAAUAGCGUCAUGUUGAUGUUUUGUUCAUUUUUUUUUUGUAUUGAAUUCAAUAUGAACCAGGUGGUUUUGGCAGCAGGGCAAUUUUUCUACACCUCUCCCAAAUACAUUCUUGUCAUUUGAGUCUCUUUUUUUCAAAGAAUUUGAUGGUGUAAUGUCACUGCUAAUUUCACUUCUCCACACCCUCCCCUUACCAGCCCCCUCAGUUCAAGUUGGACCCUCGCCUGGCCCGUAUGUUGGGGAUCCACACCCAGACCAGGCCGGUCAUCAUCCAGGCCCUCUGGCAGUACGUUAAGACCCACAAGCUACAGGACCCCCACGAGAGAGAGUUCAUCAACUGUGACAAGUACCUGCAGCAGGUCAGUGAGCAGCAAGUGUUCCUGUGUAGCUCAGUUGGUAGAGCGUGGCGCUUGUAACGCCAGGGUUGUGGGUUCGAUUCCCACGGGGGACCAGUAAGAAACAAGAUACAAGGCUUUCUUAGGGAGAGUAGAACCAGUAUCUUUUCCCCACGUUUGUAUCUAAUGUUGAGGCGUUGAUAUAUGACCUGAUGGACAUAUUGUAAAGUGAUUUACCAUUUCAUAAUCUUUAUGGUUAAGGCUAAGUGGGCCAGUAAUAUUGUCCUUAACCUAAACACACUGUGGACCUCCAACAAAUAGCAAUCCUUAUUAACUGUCCAUAGCUCAAACAUACAAAGCACAGUACUGAGUCCUUGCAUGUCCAGUUCUUGAGGAAAUGAAUAAAGUUCUGUUUGUAUCUAUUUUGUUCUAGAUCUUUGAGACCCAGCGUAUGAAGUUCUCUGAGAUCCCCCAGCGUCUUCAUGCUCUCCUGAUGCCUCCAGAACCCAUCAUCAUCAACCAUGUCAUCAGGUAGGACUAACCAUAACCUCCAGCAACAACACCUCGCUUACGUCCUCGUCACUAGUGUCAACGCCUCGCUAUGUCCUCGUCACUAGGGUCAACGCCUCGCUAUGUCCUCGUCACUAGGGUCAACGCCUCGCUUACGUCCUCGUCACUAGGGUCAACGCCUCGCUUACGUCCUCGUCACUAGGGUCAACGCCUUGCUUACGUCCUCGUCACUAGGGUCAACGCCUCGCUUACGUCCUCGUCACUAGGGUCAACACCUCGCUUACGUCCUCGUCACUAGGGUCAACGCCUCGCUAUGUCCUCGUCACUAGGGUCAACGCCUCGCUUACGUCCUCGUCACUAGGGUCAACUAUCUGUCUCUACAGAUAGAUCAUGCAGCCUUCUAUCUUCUCUGUGUCUACAGUGUGGAUCCCAACGACCAGAAGAAGACGGCCUGCUACGACAUCGACGUGGAGGUUGACGACACUCUGAAGACCCAGAUGAACUCCUUCCUCCUGUCCACCGCCAGCCAGCAGGAGAUAGCUGGCCUGGACAACAAGGUAUGCAUGGAGCUCAUAGUUGAAGUGUACAGUGGUUCAUUUGAUCUUCAAGGGUCUGAAUCUAGCCUACAACUUAUGGUGAGCUAUUCUGAGGCUAUAAACAGCUUGUUCUUCCACACUCUUUUUCUCUCCUAUUGUACAGACGGUGGAAGAGCGAAAAAUAGAGGCUCCAUUUAAAUGUUUUUUUUUUUUUUGUUUGUUUUUUUUAUGCUUUGAUUGAUGCUGCAGCAGGAACUAGGAGCAGACAGGAACAGGCUGUAUAGAGAAACUCACUGAACAUGAAAUCAAACAGACAGCUCUCCCCCAGCAGCCUACUUCAAGUUCAGACUGUUAAUACAGACUGAAAAAAAAAAACACAGGAUGGACUCUGACACACACACACACACACACACACACACACACCCUGUCAGUAGCAUUGGCUGCAGGUCUCAUUGCUGUGAUUGCGGAGAGAGCAGAGCUGAGGUGACUAGUGCAGGGUCAGAGAGACCCUGGCCAGCUACUGUGACAAAGGCCAAAGAAACACAACAAAUGACCUUACGACUGUCACGGUAGGGUUAGGCUACUGAGGAAGGAGCUAUAGCUAACAUUAUAUUCUACUACAGAAGUAUCAAUUUGCAUUGUUUAGGGCCCUAUUGAUUAUUAUUUUUUGCCUGAUUCUGUUUCGUUUUUCCCAAAUUCCGUUUAGUUUUUCCCGGUUUCAGUUUUUCCCCAGGUUUUUUCAGGGUUUCGCUCUCAAAUGAACACAUUUUUAUUUGGCCUUAAUGCUAUUAGGCCAUGCAAUUUUUUUGUGUAUUUUAUUAGGAAUCCCCAUUAGCUGUUGCAAAAGCAGCAGCUACUCUUCCUGGGGUCCACACAAAACAUGAAACAUGACAUAAUACAGAACAUUAAUAGACAAGAACAGCUCAAGGACAGAACUACAUCAAUUUUAACAAACGCAAUGAAUAACAGAUUCACUACAUAGUCCGCCAAAAAAAUCAAAAGGACGUUUGUUCUGAAUUGUCUGUCCUAUAGCUGAGAGGUAUGAGAAAGACCAGGAUACUGUUGUUUAAAAAAAAAAACAUGUAUUUAACCCCUUAUUCUUGGCACUAAACAGUCUCCAAAUAUACUUCCAUUCAUUUUUUUCAACUUGUACUGGGGGACCUUCAGACGAGUCUUGUGAGGCCUGUGGGCGUCCGAGAGAAAAACAACCGACAUGUACAUGUUUGUGAGUAUGUAGCCCAAACUGUUCGGACGCUACAGACAGAAGUUGGCAGUACCGACUUCAGACGAGUCCCAAGACGCUUGUGGGGGCCGUAGAGCAAAACGGAGAACACCAUGGUGUUCGUGGGAGUCUCAUCUUUCCAUAGAUGGGUCCUAAUAGCUUGUAGACCGUUCGGACACUGUAGACGGUUUUGUGAGAAGACCAAUUUUCGGGAUGCUUCUGUUCGGCUGGCGCCUAGCCGAACUCGGCUAACCGAACGAGCGUGCUCGCAUACUCCCUUAAAAUACCUUGCUUCAGAAAAAGCGGUAAUAGUAAUGUUUGUCCAUUUUGAGACACGUAGCCAGUAAUAGUCCUCAAAAUAGUCAGAAUUAAUCUAAGAUAACUCAUGAAAUCUGUCAUUAAUUUUGACGUUUUUUUCCGAAGAGAUCUUGGUGCCGGAUUUUUCAAGGACACUUUUGCAUGAAAACAAGUCCUCUCGUUGAAUGACAACCGACUUUAUUGAAGAAUCCCUACUGUUGACCAAUCACCGACGAAGGGGCGUAGACGUCGGCUCCGAACUUCGGCUUGCAUCCAGAAACAAAUUUGUGUGCCCGAACAGCCGAAAAAACCCUCAGCGAAGUCCAAAACUAACAAAAACGUCACAGAAUGUCCGAAUAUAUGCUCAAACUAUUUCGGCCGGGAAGCAUGCGGAUGCCUUAAGACAAUACAGUGUAUUUAGAUGUUGAGCUAGGCUUGACAAUCCAUCUCUCUUCUUCCCCCUGUAGAUCCAUGAGACCAUAGAGACGAUCAACCAGCUGAAGACCCAGAGAGAGUUCAUGUUGAGCUUCGCCAGAGACCCCCAGGGCUUCAUCAACGACUGGCUGCAGUCACAGUGCCGGGACCUCAAGGUACACACAUACAGGGAAACCACUGCUCUAUGGGGCAUAGUUCAGGAUGGAGAGAAUGUUCUGGCUGCAGCCACAGUGCAGGGACCUCAAGGUAAACUAUGAACCAAACUCUGUUGAACUGGUGCUUCAGGUAAAGAAAUGAGAGGCCCCCAUGUGUGGGAAGCCACAAUAUUAUGUGUGCAGGCCUCUCUUUUUUCUUUACUGCAAGGUAAACAAAACAGCUCCCUAGUGCUGCCCAGUUACUGAUUACCCUUUACAGAAUACCUCGCAAAGCAUCUGGGUCAUGUUCAUUAAGAAGAAAAUGAACUGAAAUGGGGAGGUACUACUUCAACUUCAACACAGAAUGUUGUUUUCUUUUGCGAAGCAUUUUGCUGUGUGUCUUACUGAACAUGGCCCUCUCCUUGUGUAGUCAUGGACUUAGUUAGCCAUUAACCCUAGUUAGCUGCCAUGGACGUAUGUUAGCCAUUAGCACUAGUUAGCUGCCAUGGACGUAUGUUAGCCAUUAGCACUAGUUAGCUGCCAUGGACGUAUGUUAGCCAUUAGCACCAGCACUGCCUCGGUGUAACGCUCAUUCCUUCGACGAUAAACGCGAAUCCGACCAUCACCCCUGGUGAGUCAAAACUGCGACUCGUCAGUGAAGAGCACUUUUUGCCAGUCCUGUCUGGUCCAGCGACGGUGUGUUUGUGCCCAUAGGCGACAUUGUUGCCGGUGAUGUCUGGUGAGGACCUGCCUUACAACAGGCCUACAAGCCCUCAGUCCAGCCUCUCUCAGCCUAUUGUGGACAGUCUGAGCACUGAUGGAGGGACUGUGCGUUCCUGGUGUAACUCGGGCAGUUGUUGUUGCCAUCCUGUACCUGUCCCGCAGGUGUGAUGUUCGGAUGUACCAAUCCUGUGCAGGUGUUGUUACACGUGGUCUGCCACUGCGAGGACGAUCAGCUGUCCAUCCUGUCUCCCUGUAGCGCUGUCUUAGGCGUCUCACAGUAUGGACAUUGCAAUUUAUUGCCCUGGCCACAUCUGCAGUCCUCAUGCCUCCUUGCAGCAUGCCUAAGGCACGUUCACGCAGAUGAGCAGGGACCCUGGGCAUCUUUCUUUUUGUGUUUUUCAGAGUCAGUAGAAAGGCCUCUUUUUAGUGUCCUAAGUUUUCAUAACUGUGACCUUAAUUGCCUACCGUCUGUAAGCUGUUAGUGUCUUAACGACCGUUCCACAGGUGCAUGUUCAUUAAUUGUUUAUGGUUCAUUGAACAAGCAUGGGGAAACAGUGUUUAAACUAUUUUACAAUGAAGAUCUGUGAAGUUAUUUGGAUUUUUACGAAUUAUCUUUGAAAGACAGGGUCCUGAAAAGGGGACAUUUCUUUUUUUUGCUGAGUUUGUUAUCCAUUAGCACUAUUUAGCUACCAUGGAUGUAUGUUAUCCAUUAGCACUAGCUAGCUAUUCCACGUGUAGUGUUUGUUCAGCUGAUUCUUGGAGGAGCACCAAACACCACACUGACUGGACUGUCAAUGACAACUAAACCAAGGGGUGAAUCUAGCUGAAUCCAGUCCAAAGUUCAUGGCUGUUUCUUGCAGCCUUCCGCAUUGUUGCCUGGCGCCCAGUAACCUUGGAGUUGUCCUUAUGCAAGAACAUGCCAGAGUGAAUGAAGAUGUGUUUUAUGAAGCCUGUCGCAUGCUUCCCAGUCAAAACAGUUUGGUCAUAUAUUAUGACGAAAUUUUGAUGUUUUUGUUCGUUUUGGUGUUCGGCUGUUUGUUUGUUUGUUUUGCGGCUGUUCCAUCACACAAAGUUAUUUCUUGAGGCAAGUCUAAGUUCGGUAGCUGAAAUCUACGCCCAUUCGUCUGUGAUUGAUCAACAGUAAUACUCCUAGUAGGAGUGGGAACUAUGGACGGGAUUCUUCAAUGAAUUGUUUGUUGGCAUUCAACGAGAGACAGAUUUAUCUUAGAUUAAUUAAGACUAUUUUGCUACAGCGUCUCAAGAGGGACAAACCGUAAUAUUGGCUCUUAAAAUUUUUUUUUUAAGCAGAGUUAUUUUAAGGGAGUAUGCGAGGCACAGACCUUCGCUUCACCUAGCAGAGUUUUGUUAGGAGCAAACCAAACCAAGUAUGCUGACGCCUUUUAAACAGAGAUGGUCCCAGAGCGGUCUCUUUGACCACAAUAUUGGGAUAGGGUUGAUAAGCCUGUUUUUUAUGUUGCCUUCUUGCCACAGGUCCACCCUGGUAAAGAGAUUUCUGAUCUCAAUGGAAUUUUACUUGUAUGGAAAAAAAGAUAAAAUGCAUGCUGUUUAUAACACGAAACAACAACAACAUUAAAAGCCUACAGGUAUAAUGUGAAGUGUUUUUUUAAGUUUCUAAUGUGUAUGCAUGAUUAUCUUUAACAGACUAUGACCGAUGUGGUUGCGAACCCAGAAGAGGAGAGGAGAGCAGAGUUCUAUUUUCAACCGUGGGCCCAGGAGGCAGUGUGUCGCUACUUCUACUCCAAGGUAACGUCCUCGCCACCCACCAUUCUGUGUGUAUAUUGCGUCAUUCUACUCCAAGGUAACCUCCUCCUCUCCUGCCAUUCAUUCCCCAUGAAGGGUCAUCGUUGCUGAGUCAUACCACCAAGUGUUUUUCUGCCCUGCUAAAAAAAAAUACUUAAAUCAUUUAUGUGACGUGAUUUUCAGUUAUGCUUUAUUUUACGGUGCUGUUCCCACUGGGUAUUACCUGGUAUUCCAUUCACAUAUAACACGUGCUCUAAUCUGUUCUAAAGUGCUCUAUGAAAUUGGAUUACCAUUUCUGAAAUGAAUAUUGUUCUUUUACUGCAUUUUAAUCUUUAGUCUCUUCUUAAUGUUGGUGUUUUUUAAAUGUAUUUCAGGUCCAACAGAGGCGACAGGAGCUGGAACAAGCCCUGGGAAUCAGAAAUACCUAGACACGAUUACGUCGAAGAAAAGCAGGCCAACAAAGGAAAAGAAGAAGUGGCUGUUCUGUCUGGGAGGAGGAAGAGAAGUGUGGGACAUUCAUAUUUAUAAAUACGCCCCUGAUUUCUUUUUUUUUUUUUUUUUUUUUUCUUUUUUUUGCGAAACGCUUAGAUAAACAUCUUAGAAAUAGACUGCUUUACUGCUGAUGGUAACUGUAGGAUAUAUUUUUUUAACGUCAACUAGCAGCUGUUAUGGUUAUGUAUCAAUGUUUGAUUGCUACUUCCUCUCUUUAUAUUUUCACUUAUUUUCUUUAACUCAAAGCAUUCCUUUUCUCUCUCACAAAUCACAGAUCUUUAAUCUAUAUUCAGGCUUAAGUGAGGUUGAAAUGACCCUCAACUAAGAAUUGAUGCUACUCCACAAUAACUAAUAUUGGGUAUUUUAAGCAGAGGGCUUCAAUUAAAGUCGUAACAUUUGGCCAUGGUGAAAGAGCAUUGGGUUCAUUAUAAAUGCUUGGACUGUCUACCCCGAGUCCAAACUAACUCAUAACUGAUCAGGCGAUAGCCUACACACACACACUACCAUUCUGGCUUUGGUCUGGAAUUGAUAUUCUGUGUUUUGUUUUGUUAUUGAUAGGGUCGUGUGAGUAUUCAGUGGCCUCCUAUUGCCCUGCUGGCUGUCCGUUUCAUACCAAGAUUAUUUUAAAUGGUUCUAGAAUAUUGUGUACCUCCCAAAAUUCUACUUUAAGAAUCGUGUGUGCUUCAAAAUUCUCCUCCGAACACUUCGAAGCAUGGUGAUGGCAGGCACGGCUGCACAAUGUUGUGUAGGUUCAGCAUAUUGGUUUAGUUAAUCAUUUAAGUGGCCGUUUUAAUUUGAAACUAUUUUUGUGGAGCUUUUGUUUUUUGUAUUAAAAAAUGUUUUUCUCGAAAGUAUGAAUUUAUAUGAAGACUUGUUAGUUAUAAGUAAAUAAUAUUAAGGAAGUAGUGUUAGUAGUAAUUACCUCAAGUCUAUCUAGUUUAGUAAAUAAUGAGCGGAACAAUCUGAUUGUGAAGGAAAAAUGUCUCUGUUUAAAUGGACAUACCAUCAUUUUGACUCAUUGUCUAAUACUCCGUUUGCCCAAGACGUUCCCCUUCAAGUGAACACAAUGGUUUAAUCCAGAGCAUUCUCUAUCACCUAGCAGCAAGCUGCAGUUGCUUGUUGGUCCUGUGUGGAAGAGGGAGAACAAUGUUCAGGGUUCUACUGUUAGGUUAAGAUGAAUUCCUCUGGGUUUUCCUCUUUUUAUUUGUUAGUGUGCAGAAGCUAUCAACACCUGAGGAAGAGAAGCGUAGAGCUGGGUUCACUUCUAGAUGUGACAUAUUCAUGAAUUUGACCUUUUUUUUUGCAAGUAUGAUAGAAAGCUUUACGCCUGUAGGUGUUGCUGUUUAGAUAUGACAUGUAAAGGAUGUAAGAAGUUUUAUGGUUGGGCUCAAUUCAGUAUCAGUUCAGUAGUCAAGUGAAUUGAAAUAAAGUGGGGAUUUUUUUCAAUAUUGAGUGUAAUUUCAAUCAAUGCUCUGAUUAUCCUGAGUUGACCCCAAACCUGUAAAGGAUGAUACUGAAGACUGAUUUAAUAUUCAGACAUUAAUUGUAUUUUUAUUUCAUUGGACCAAACCUAUUUUUUUCCCCUGUAUGUUUUAACCCUAUGCUAUAAUAAAGGACAUCUUCAAUGAUAACUUUUCGGUUGUGAAUGGAUUAUUUUAAAGUUUAUAACCAUUCGAUGGCCAAACUGGCAGUCUUUCCGUGAAAGAUGUUACCUGUCUAGUGCUCACCUCAGCAUCACAGUUUAAUUCUGGGGUUCUUAUAAGAAACACGCACACUUGUGUCAUUGGUGUGAGAAGUGAGGUGAUGUAGGAGGGGGUCUAGUUUUAACAACCAGGGGAACGAUCUGGUCAUUGACCUGAAGCUGAGCAUAUCGUGUUCAUAGGGCCAGGAGUUUAGACAUAUCUAUUGCUUCACUUAACCUUUGCUCUUGACAUUAUCCUAAUCAUACUAGGUCAUAGCCUCACCUCUCCAAACGGCGAGGUCUGCUAAAGCAUAAGAUUUGAGACUCCUUCCUAAUGCGAAAUGUUGUUUGUAACGUGAUUUAGAGAAGGGUCCUCUUCGAGCUGGUCUGACCCGGACUGCGCUAACCAAUAACUACGAGGGGGCGAGACCGGGACUGCUAGCCCACGUGCCAGGUAUAAAUACGGUUUGUCUCGGUUCAGGCGCGUCUCGCACCAAGCACUUCAGGAGGAGCAGCAGACGUCGUGUCGCACUGUACAUCAUGGCACCCAAGAAAGUAUGCAUCAUUGGCUCUGGCAACUGGUAGGCACUUUUUUUAAAUGUUCAUUUAUUCUAAAGAUAUUUAGCUCUUUCUGAGCUGAUGAUGCAGAAUGAUCUUACUGUACUGUACACGAGAGGGCAGUUUUUGCAUGUCAGUGGUUUUCAAAUGCCUCGCUUAAGGGACUGUAAUUUAAAUCGGCAAUGACACUAUCUUUGUGUCAGUUUGUAGGCUAUAGAAGUGAAGCUGUGCGAAUGUAUUGAGUUUAUUUAGCUCGAUGUGAAAAAGAUGACAGUUUGAAGAUAGGCCUGCAGCAAACUGCUGUAGCGCUCUUCGUGUUGGAUUUCCCCUGCUUUCCUUGUUGCCUUAUCAGACUAAUAAUAAUAAGACUUGUAUUGUCUCAAUCGGGCCUAUGGUGAUAAUAAUGCAACAUAACUGGGGCAAAUAUCAGAAUUUAAUUUAUGAUCUCAAUAUAGUUUAUUUCAUCUAAUAGAAUCGCUGGAUUAUUGACGUUUCAGCCACAGUGACUGCACAGGAUGUUUGGCUCAUGUAGAAUGCAGUUCUACUCCGUAUAGUUUCACACACAAACGUGCUGAUAUUAACCAUAUUAUGUGAAAAAUGUAAAUGUAAUGAAGUUGAAGCCUGGUGGUGGUAUGUCCAGCAGCCAUGCUGCAAUGACAACAAACGCUUUGAACUGCUGCACGGCAGGGCCUUGGAUUUACUUCCUCGGGAAUGCUCUUAUGUUCUCCUGAGGUUGUGCUGUGUUGCAUUGUGUUGUUAUGUUGGCUACUAGUACAAUGGGGGAAAGUUGCUGAAUCAAUAUUGAGUUGUCUGAUCUUUAAAAUAUCACUUUUGCCUCAUUGACUGGUGUAAAAUAAUGUUUGAUUAAGCACUACUGUGCCAUUACACUCAUUAGGUGUGAUGUAUAUUCAUUAUAAACAGUGUAUGUUAAUUAUUGACUCAAUAAUAAUUUAUGAGUCCACUUUUUAAAGUAUGCAUUAUGGCAUUCUUUUUUCUGAUCUCUCUCCAGCAUCUGUUACUUAAUAUUUGGUGCUAGAAAGCUUAACUGAUUGGCAGCAGUGAGAGACAAGCGUCACUAAACCAAAUACUAUUGCAAGACAUUCAACAUUCUAACAUCUCACUGCUAGCCUGUUUAUCUCUCAGAGUGGGAAUACCUCACUGGGUUUUGCACCCUGCUUUAAUACUAGUGUGAAGUCUAUCGUCCUCCUUCAAUUUAAGUAAUCUCCUAAGAUCCUAAAAUGUGGAGAACAGGAAUGAAACAAUAGGAUUGUUUGAAAGUGACACACGUUUAACUUCUACAGGGGCUCUGCCAUUGCCAAGAUUGUGGGCGCCAACACAGGAAAGCUUGACGUGUUCGACACGACAGUGAACAUGUGGGUGUUUGAGGAGACAGUGAAUGGACGUAAACUCACAGAGAUCAUCAAUACAGACCAUGAGAACGUCAAGUACCUGCCCGGACACAAGCUGCCCCCCAACAUCGUAAAACUCAUUCAUUUCAAGCGUUCAAAAUGCUCUGAAGAAAUUGUGUAUUCAUAAUUUUAGAAGUAACCCAGUACCAAAUCUCUUGUGCAGCUAACAUUUUUUUUUUUUUUUCUUACAGUUUGUCACGAUAGAAAUCACGACAAUGCAUGUAUCACCUUUUCGGUUCAAUAAAAAACGGAUCGAUUAUUACCUGAUUAUUAACAACCUUUAGAUUUAAGUCUGCCACACGUCAUCCGAUGAAUCUGUCUUCCCCGUGUAGGUGGCCGUUCCAGAGGUGAAGGAUGCUGUGAAGGGAGCAGACAUCCUGAUCUUCGUUAUUCCACACCAGUUCAUCAACAGAAUCUGUGACACCAUCAGAGAACACAUCAAGAAGGAUGCUGUGGGCAUGUCUCUUAUCAAGGUGAGUGGCUUUGCUUUCAGGGCCUGUUUGAAUAAUAAGGCCAGAUGUUCAAAUCACUACCUCAAUAGAGCAGCAGCAGCAAACUAUUGACUUUUUGAAAGGGCAAACUUCUGAUUGAAUUUACAGCAUCGAAUACUGCUGCUUCUAAUUGUUGCUUGUUGCUGUAGAUAGGAUGAUGAGGCUGACCUACGUUCCAGGUGAUCUGUUGUUGUAGGAUGUUGAUGAGGGAGAUAAUGUUAAUAGAUGUAUUACAUUUACAUUUUAGUCAUUUAGCAGACGCUCCUAUCCGGAGCGACUUACAGGAGCAAUUAGGGUUAAGUGCCUUGCUCAAGGGCACAUCGACAGAUUUUUCACCUAGUCGGCUCGGGGAUUAGAACCAGCGACCUUUCGGUUACUGGCACAACGCUCUUAACCACUCAGCUUCCUGCCGCCCAGGCAGGCGCGUCUCGCACCAAGCACCAAGAUGUAUCCGUGGGGAUCUAUGUUUCAGGGUGUGGAUGAGGGUCCCGAGGGGUUGAAGCUGAUCUCUGAUGUCAUCAGAGAGAAGCUGGGUAUCACCAUGACAGUGCUGAUGGGAGCUAACAUAGCCAACGAAGUCGCAGAGGAGAAAUUCUGCGAAACAACAAUCGGUAUGGGGUGUUUUGUGUGUUUUGGUUGUUUUGGGAAAUAGAACACAGUAUAUCUCUUCCAUUAAAAUAGCUCAUGUCAAUGCUUUUGUGCUACAUACAGUGGGGGAAAAAGUAUUUAGUCAGCCACCAAUUGUGCAAGUUCUCCCACUUAAAAAGAUGAGAGAGGCCUGUAAUUUUCAUCAUAGGUACACGUCAACUUUGACAGACAAAUUGAGGAAAAAAAAUCCUGAAAAUCACAUUGUAGGAUUUUUUAUGAAUUUAUUUGCAAAUUAUGGUGGAAAAUAAGUAUUUGGUCACCUACAAACAAGCAAGAUUUCUGGCUCUCACAGACCUGUAACUUCUUCUUUAAGAGGCUUUUAACUUUUUGGUAAAAACUCAACUCGUCGUGUUUGGAGGACAAAGAAUGCUGAGUUGCAUCCAAAGAACACCAUACCUACUGUGAAGCAUGGGGGUGGAAACAUCAUGCUUUAGGGCUGUUUUUCUGCAAAGGGACCAGGAUGACUGAUCCGUGUAAAGGAAAGAAUGAAUGGGGCCAUGUAUCGUGAGAUUUUGAGUGAAAACCUCCUUCCAUCAGCAAGGGCAUUGAAGAUGAAACGUGGCUGGGUCUUUCAGCAUGACAAUGAUCCCAAACACACCGCCCGGGCAACGAAGGAGUGGCUUCGUAAGAAGCAUUUCAAGGUCCUGGAGUGGCCUAGCCACUCUCCAGAUCUCAACCCUAUAGAAAAUCUUUGGAGGGAGUUGAAAGUCCGCGUUGCCCAGCGACAGCCCCAAAACAUCACUGCUCUAGAGGAGAUCUGCAUGGAGGAAUGGGCCAAAAUACCAGCAACAGUGUGUGAAAACCUUGUGAAGACUUACAGAAAACGUUUGACCUGUGUCAUUGCCAACAAAGGGUAUAUAACAAAGUAUUGAGAAACUUUUGUUAUUGACCAAAUACUUAUUUUCCACCAUAAUUUGCAAAUAAAUUCAUUAAAAAUCCUACAAUGUCAUUUUGUCUGUCAUAGUUGACGUGUACCUAUGAUGAAAAUUACAGGCCUCUCUCAUCUUUUUAAGUGGGAGAACAUGCACAAUUGGUGGCUGACUAAAUACUCUUUUUCCCCACUGUAAGUAAAGAUCAAUGCAUUUCAUGAUAUGGUAUUGAAGAUAUUUCAUGUGUAAUAAUUAUCCAUGUUUGUAUUCGUCACACAGGGUGCAAGAACAAGGAGUGGGGCCCCAUCCUGAAACAACUGAUGCAGACCGUUAACUUCAGAGUUACUGUGGUGGAAGAGGCUGAUGUGGUAGAGAUCUGUGGCGCUCUCAAGGUGGGCCUUUAGUUACGCAGGAAGGAGAGGAAAAAGUACACAAUGUUCUAACUAGGAAUCAUAAAAGUGAAGGAGGAAACAUACACUGAGGAUGUAAGGCAAAAUGCUGCCGAUCGUGUGUGUGUAAUAAUAUGUUCUCAAUGUAAUAUAACAGACGUGUUUUGGUCAUGCGACCAUCCAUUAGUGUCAGAGAAUCUUUCAAAGACAAAAUGCUUUUAGAUUGAUAUUUUCAGAUGAGAUCAUAUAUGGUUUAACAGCUCUUCCUCUCCCUUCCCAGAACAUAGUGGCGGUGGGAGCAGGGUUCUGUGACGGCCUGGGCUUCGGUGAUAACACCAAGGCAGCGGUGAUCAGACUGGGACUGAUGGAGAUGAUCGCCUUCGCCCGGAUAUUCUGCACCGCUGGACCCGUCUCCCCCGUCACAUUCCUGGAGAGCUGCGGCGUCGCCGACCUCAUCACAACUUGCUACGGGGGACGCAACCGCAAGAUCGCAGAGGCCUUCGCCAAAACCGGAAAGGUGCGGUGAGGAGUGUGGGGGAAAAGUGUGUCAUACAAGGGUUAUUGCUGUCGUUGAUAUUCUAAAUGUCAAGAUUUGUCUGUCUUUCUCUCUCUCACUUCGCUCUCAUGUGUCCCCUCUCUAUAUAUCUCUUUCUUUCUUAUCUCUCUCUCUCACUCAAUCUCUCUGUUUUGUGUCUCCCUGUGUAGACAAUUGAGGAGUUGGAGAAGGAGAUGUUGAAUGGUCAGAAACUCCAGGGUCCAGCUACUGCAGCUGAAGUCAACCACAUUCUGAAGAAGAAGGGCCUGGUGGACAAGUGAGUUACAGUUGAUGAGUUUGACGUCAGAAUCUUCUGAGAGCGAGUUAUGUUCUUAAUUGAACAUCUGAAUGACAUGUAUAAGCCACUCUUAUAGCCUUUUCACACUACUGAGCCAAACUGAGCCGAACCAAGCCAUUGUUGCUGGAACUGAGCCGGAAUGGACAAUGUGAAAAGAGUGUAUACAAUACCAGUCAAAAGUUUGGAAACACCUACUCAUUCAAGGGUUUUUCUUUAUUUUUACUAUUUUCUACAUUGUAGAAUAAUAGUGAAGACAUCAUCAAAACGAUGAAAUAACACAUAUGGAAUCAUGUAUUAACCAAAAAAAGUGUUAAACAAAUCAAAAUAUAUUUUAUAUUUGAGAUUCUUCAAAGUAGCCACCCUUUGCCUUGAUGACAGCUUUACACACUCUUAGCAUUCUCUCAACCAGCUUCAUAAGGUAGUCACCUGGAAUGCAUUUGAAUUAACUGGUGUGCCUUGUUAAAAGUUAAUUUGUGGAAUUUUUUUCCUUCUUAACCUCUACUGGAUGGGUGUCCCGAAAUCGGGACAGUUGUUGCUCAAUACGGAUAAUGUGACUACAAUGACGUUUUAAACAAAAGCACAUUUUCACGGACAUAUACAUGUCUUAUAUGGGGAGAAAGCUUAAAUUAUUGUUAAUCAAACUGCAGUGUCUAAUUUACAGUAGGUAUUACAGCGAAAAAAUGCCAUGCUAUUGUUUGAAGAACAGCUCAAAUAAGCAAAGAGAAAUGACAGUCCAUCAGUACUUUAAGACAUGAAGGUCAGUCAAUCCGGAGAAUUUCAAGAACUUUGAACGUUUUUUCAAGUGCAGUCGCAAAAACCAUCAAGCGCUAUGAUGAAACUGGCUCUCACGGGGACCGCCAUAGGAAAGGAAGACCCAGAGUUACCUCUGCUGCGGGGGAUACGUUCAUUAGAGUUAAAUGCACCUCAGAUUGCAGCCCAAAUAAAUGCUUCACAUAGUUCAAGUAACAGACACAUCUCAACAUCAACUUUUCAGAGGAGACUGCGUGAAUCAGGCAUUCAUGGUCGAAUUUCUGCAAAGAAACCACUACUAAAGGACACCAAUAAGAAGAGGAGACUUGCUUGGGCAAGAAACACGAGCAAUGGACAUUAGACCAGUGGAAGUCUGUCCUUUGGUCUGAUAAGUCCAAAUUUGAGAUUUUUGGUUCCAACCGCCAUGUCUUUGUGAGACGCAGAGUAGGUGAAUGGAUGCUCUCCACAUGUGUGGUUCCCACCGUGAAGCAUGGAGGAGGUGUGAUGGUGUGGGGGUGCUUUGCUUGUGACACUGUCUGUGAUUUAUUUAGAAUUCAAGGCACACUUAACCAGCAUGGCUACCACAGCAUUCUGCAGCAAUACACCAUCCCAUCUGGUUUGCGCCAAUUUGUUUUUCAACAGGGCAAUGACCCAAAACACACCUCCAGGCUGUGUAAGGGCUAUUUGACCAAGGGGAGUGAUGGAAUGCUGCAUCAGAUGACCUGGCCUCCACAAUCACCUGACCUCAACCCAAUUGAGAUGGUUUGGGAUGAGUUGGACCGCAGAGUGAAAGAAAAGCAGCCAACAAGUGCUCAGCAUAUGUGGGAACUCCUUCAAGACUGUUGGAAAAGCAUUCCUCAUGAAGCUGGUUGAGAGAAUGCCACGAGUGUGCAGAGCUGUCAUCAAGGCAAAGGGUAGCUACUUUGAAGAAUCUAAAAUAUAUAAAAUAUAUUUUGAUUUGUUUAACACUUUUUUGGUUACUACAUGAUUCCGUAUGUGUUAUUUCAUCGUUUUGAUGAUGUCUUCACUAUUAUUCUACAAUGUAGAAAAUAUUUUAAAUAAAGACAAACCCUUGAAUGAGUAGGUGUGUCCAAACUUUUGACUGGUAGUGUAUACUGUAAGCCAGCACAGGACGGUUUGGGGUUGGCCCUUUGGUGUGAUUCAGGCAUUUUUGUUUUAACACUAAAACUGUUAUCCCCUCUUUCCUCCCUCCAGGUUCCCCUUAUUCAAUGCUGUCAACCAGAUCUGUUUCCACGGACACCCCGUCAAAGAGUUCAUCAGUUGUUUGCAGAACCACCCUGAACACAUGUAACUGACUGAGGGAUGCUCGGAUGCUUUUAAAUGUUGGAACCAGCCGAAGGAAGCAAGGCUGACGAGGAGCAGGUUGGACGAUGAUUCCACCUCAUCUAGGUGUCUAAAUACUAAGAAACGGAGCGGACAACAAAACACCUCAGAAAGAAAACAUCUCAGUCAAACCUACCUCUGGUCCUGGGCUACUGUAAUAUGCCCACUACAAUAUCAUCAAAAUACCUCCUGUUCCAACUGAUUCUUAAGUUAUUAUUGAUGAUGUUGCCCACUAGGUAAUGUUUCAGUAAAGUUCUGUGUUGAAAUGUUCCUGAAAUGCAUUUUGUUUAGAAGAAUGUCCCUCGGCCUUAAACAGUUGAAUUGUCUUCUGGGAAGGGGAAGGGUAUGUCUUUAGUUGUCUUAAAAAUCUCCCUUUUUCCACAUGAGAAUGGCAGCAGAUAUUUUGUGUAAGUUGCAUUUUCCAUAGUCGGCAAUCCCACACAAAAACACGUGAAAGAAGUGCCUUAACAUGCCUUUUGACCCAGUCACUGGUAAAUAUUUGUCUUGCAAACAGAUUUUGUUACCUUGUUAUGUUGAAUAAAAAAAAACUUGAUUAAACAACCAUUAUUCACCGCUUA